CCUGAGGCGCGGCUCCUGCUGUGCACGUUUCACGUGCUGCAGGCCGUCUGGCGAUGGCUUCACAACGGCAAACAUGGCAUCGACAAGCAACACAGGCAGGCUAUCAUGGCACUAGCCAAACAGCUCGUGUACGCCAACAAUGAGGCGGAGAUAGCGACGACGAUGGAGCUGGUGGCUACCGAGUGGGGCGAGCGCUACCCACUGCUGGACCAGUACCUGCAGGGUUUCGCUGCCCGCCGUCAAGAGUGGGCGCUGUGUCUCCGCACGGAUGUCCCCACCCGGGGACACAACACGAACAACAUCGUAGAGUCCGCCUUCAGAGUCCUCAAAGACUCUGUCCUCUACAGGACUCGGGCGUUCAUCCUGCUGCAGCUGUUUGAUUUCGUCACGGUCCAGCUCAGCAAGCACUACGCCAGGAGGGCGUGCGACGUGGCCAACGGCCGGCAGCGGGCGGCACCGGUCCGCGGCGGCACCAGCCAAGAAACGGGCACUGUGACGCAGGUGACGGAGUUCACCUAUCAGGUGAAGUCGCUGACGUCGGUCGGCAUCACCUACCUGGUGGACCUGAACGUCGGCGCCUGCACCUGCAGGAUGAACCGGCGGACUGGCGGCUGCAAACACCUCCGAGCCGUGCGGCAGCAGACUGGCGCUGUGCCGGAGGCGACGGCGACAAAGGAGACGCGGAGGGCCUUGAUGGACAUCGCCAUGGGGACCAGCCAGCAGCUGCCAGGCAACUGGUUCGACCCUCUGGUCGCCGAGCCGUCCACCUCGUCACCUCCUGUCCCCACGCCCGCCAGCGCCCCCGGAGUCGCGCAGCCCCAGCCGUCGCCGAGUCCCGAGGAGUACGACGACGACGCAAUGGACUUCGAGGACCCCGCCGCUGCGGCGGCGGCUGUCAGUGGAGCUGAGCAGCGACGCUCAGAUGACCGGACACGCCAAACCGUGGCGUUCAUCCAGGAGUGGGCAGCCUUCAUGUGCGAGGCAGUCGUCCAGGACGACACCUGGGAGAGGGCUGCCGCUGCCUUUCAGCAGAGGUGGGGCCAGCUGCCCACUGCUGGCCGCCAGUCCGCUCUGCACCAGUUUGGAGGCGCGCAGGGCUGCCGGCGGAACGCCACCCAGAUUCCGGUCCAGCCGACCAGCACUGCCCGUCGCACCAGCACCAACGUGCGGGGGCGCGCUCGCUGGCCCGCUGGACGGCCGUGCCGCUCCGCGCGCACCGGGGAGCACGGCUACGUGGCAGCCUCCGCCAGGCGGUCGGCGGCGCCCCACAGCCUGGCCACCUGUGUUGACCAGAACCGCCCCCUGGGGCGCUGAGUGAUAGAGGUGAAGUGGGGGUGACCGGGGCAAGUUGGUGCCAGGGGGGGGGGUAAGU